CUGCCAUUCAGGCCCUCAAACGAAAGAAGCGAUAUGAGAAACAAUUGCAGCAAAUCGAUGGCACAUUGUCAACGAUUGAGAUGCAAAGAGAGGCCCUAGAGAGUGCAAAUACUAACACAACUGUUUUGCAAACUAUGAAGAAUGCAGCUGAUGCCCUCAAGGCUGCUCACCUACACAUGGAUGUCGAUCAGGUACACGAUAUGAUGGACGACAUUGCAGAACAGCAAGACGUCGCCAAAGAAAUAUCCGACGCGAUAUCAAAUCCAGUUGCCUUUGGCCAUGACGUCGACGAGGAUGAGCUCGAGAAGGAGCUCGAGGAAUUGGAGCAGGAGGCACUCGACGAGGAAUUACUUGGGGUUGAGGGAACUGCUGAACUCCCAGCUGUACCUGCAUCAACAGAACCUGUUGCACCACCUAAAAAGACAAAAGCAAAAGCAGUGGAGGAGGACGACGACCUUAAGCAGCUAGAGGCGUGGGCUUCGUAAGCCUGAGAUAAAUCUCGAAAUCCGGAAUUUGUCAACUGCUUGAACAAUUGAACACACGUGUACCAAAGCUUUCAGCUUCUAGAGAACAUCGAGAAAAAUGUUUGAAACUCCUUAUUCAGAAAUUGGGUAUUAAUUUUAAUCGAGGAAAUUCGGUCUGUUGCGUUCAAAGCGUCGGAUUACUUCAGUGAAUUAUCAUUAAGUUUAGUGCUCUCACCUGGUCUAAUUAACUAAUGAAAGCUCCGUAAAACAAAUAGAAAUAUUAUCCUGAUUUUCAUGUUUUUAUGUCUAAGUAAACAGAAAUAAACAUCUAUUGGAUACGA